CCCGCACAAAGAUGGCGGAGCGAUGGGACGCCCCGGACCUCCCCGACUUCAGUAUCUUAAAACGGUUGGCGAAGGACCAGCUGGUCUACAUACUGGAGCAGCUGCCGGGGAAGAAGGAUUUGUUUAUCGAAGCAGAUCUGAUGAGUCCUCUUGACCGCAUUGCAAAUGUCUCCAUUCUGAAGCAACAUGAUGUGGAGAAGUUGUACAAGAUGGACAACAAGCUGGUUCAGGGAGUGAGUGAUCAACUAUGCUUUCUCGUUCGACCUCGGAUUUCCAGUGUGAAGCAUAUAGCAGAGAUUGUGAAUGCUGACAAAGCAAUUGGAAGAUUACGCAAGUACAAGAUUAUUUUCAGCCCUCAGAAGUUUUACAUGUGUGAGACUGUUCUGGAGGAGGAGGGAAUCUUUGGAGAUGUGACCAUUGAUGAAUGGGCCUUUUACCUGCUUCCGUUGGAUGAUGACAUUAUCAGCAUGGAGCUGCCUGAGUUUUUUCGGGAUUAUUUUCUGGAAGGCGACCACCGGUGGAUCUGUACAGCAGCAAAAGCACUGCAUGUAUUGCAUUCAUUGUUUGGGCCAUUUACAAGGACUUAUGGCAUCGGCAGGUGUGCUAAGAUGACCCAUCAGGUUUGGAAACAGAUUGUGGAGGACACAGAUGAGAUGAAACAAUGCCGGGCUGAGAUUGGACGUGCUUUCUUCAUUGACCGAGAUGUGGAUUACGUGACACCCAUGUGUUCACAGGUUGUGUAUGAGGGUCUCAUGGACGAUAUAUUCAGAAUUAAAUGCGGGAGUGUGGAGUUUGGUCCAGACGUCACGUCGUCAGAUAAGAGUGUGAAGGUGCUGCUGAACUCUCAGGACAAGGUUUUCAAAGAGAUUCGGGAUGAGCAUUUCUCCAACGUCUUUGGAUUUUUGAGCCAAAAAGCGAAGAAGCUCCAGAAACAGUAUGAUAAACGUCAAGGCAUGGACAUUAAACAGAUGAAGGACUUUGUUUCUCAGGAGCUGAAGGGUCUCAAGCAGGAGCAUCGAUUGCUGAGUCUUCAUAUCGGGGCGUGUGAGUCCAUUAUGAAAAGAAAGACGAAGCAAGACUUUCAGGAACUACUGAAAUCGGAACAUGGAUUACUUGAAGGAUUUGAGAUUCGGGAGAGCAUCAGCUGUACAGAGGAGCACAUAAACAGACAGAUUUCUCCAAUUGAGAGUCUUCGGUUGAUAUGCCUUCUUUCUUUGACUGAAAACGGUUUGAUUUCCAAAGAUUAUCGUUCAUUGAAAACUCAGUAUCUGCAGAGUUAUGGCUGUUCGCACAUCCUGACUUUUAACAAUCUGAAGCGAAUCGGACUCCUGACAGAGCAGCAGCCGGGAGAGACCCUGACUGCAGUGGAGAGCACAAUGGGCAAACUUGUAACGGACAAAACAGUUGGAAAAUUGACGGAUGCUUUUUCAUCUCUGGCGAGGAAGAGCCAUUUUCGGGCCCUGAGUAAAAAGCUAAAUCUGAUCCCUCGGAUUGAGGAAGAGUACGACCUGAGGGUACCGCGGGACAUGGCCUACAUCUUUGGUGGUGCUUACAUUCCCAUGGGCUGCAGGAUUAUUGAACAGGUAUUGGAGCAUGACAGCUGGACCGGACUGGAAGAUGUGACACGUUUGCUGAAUGGCAAUGAGUUUAUCUCCACUGAAGGAUCAUCUGACACAUCAGCGUCUUCCAGUGCUCAGCGACUUAUUCUGCUGUUUUUUCUGGGGGGUUGUACUUUCUCAGAGAUUGCAGCACUGAGAUUUCUGGGCAAAGAAAAAGGAUGGAAAUUUGUUUUUGUCACAACAGCAAUCACAAACAGCGCUCGAAUGCUCGAAUCCAUGCUGGAAACCAGUUCCUGAAAAUCCGCAUGGUGUUUCCGAAGUUCUGUUCUGUACAGAGAAAAAAACAAGGUGUACCGUGCUAAACUUGGUCAGAAAGAUUGAAAAAAAGAAAAAUCUUAUUAAGCUGCUUGGCAGAAAUACUCAAGCAAAUGGUGGAUUGAAAUUUCUUUUCAUUUAUUAAUGAACAGUGUAAGAUUUGUGAUUCAGGUGAGAGAGAGAAAAUGUAGGGUCAAAUUGGAACUAGGGUAUCAAACGACGUUUGGAUGAUGUAAUAUUUCAAUUUCUGUACAGAAAAUAAUCUUGAUACAACGUGGAUGUUAAGUGUCUAGUUUGAAGAUGUGAAGUGCUUGUAUUUUGUCAGGAAUAUCUGGUUUGUUUGUCUCAUCUGUAAAUAAUCGUGAUUCUUGUAUAAACAAUGUGUUUAAGGUAGUGUCUUCAUUUUAGUUUCAUCUCCUACUAUUUCUCCCUUCCUCUCCUGAAGGCACAAGGUUGGGUGAGGCUGACUGUGAUGGCCUUUGUGGCUGAAUAUCGUAGGAAUUAGGAGCAGGAGUAGGCCAUUCAGCCCCUCGAGCCUGCCUCAGAGUCUCAUUGCAGACUGGCUAAGAUAUCGGCGGGUGAUUGUCACCAUAUCCCCAUCGCGGCAGUCCCUUUAGAAGAGGAGGGAAGAAACUGGAUGGGGAAGAAUUUUAAAAAUAUGUAUAUAUACUGUAUCUCAAAAUAUAGUCAAUUCACUUUACAGUAUAUUCUGUGAAGCGCAUUGAGAUGUCUCUAAGGCGCUAUAUCAAAUGCAAGGAUUAUUAUUAUCUCAAGCCGGAUUAUGUGAAAUUGAUGCAUUUCCUACGGUUAUUCUGACAUAACUACCUUAAACAUUCCAACUUUUUGUCAGUUUGAUAAUCAACUGUGAAACGGCAUUUUGCACUGAUCUAUGUGUUUGUGUAAAUAUUGUAUAAUAAAACUAUUGGAGAACUUGC